AUGACCUUCUGUAAUAAUGAACUAGUUUUGCUGAUGCAAGCCAUCGAUUCAGUCUAUAACGAUGAUUGGAGGGUGAGAGGUGCUACGUCUUUCAUCAAAGAUCGUUUGAAAGAGAUAAUAUACACUACUGGGGAGUACCAUUUUUAUCCGAUUGAUCUAUAUCAUUUAGAUAAAUAUUAUUUAAAGAAAGAGAAUUUCCUCUAUCAGUUAGUUACUAUGGAAAUGGAAAUGGAAGAAGAUAGAGGGGUCUUAACCACAGAAUGUGUGAACGGUGAUGAUUUACAUGUCUAUAAGUGUAGAUUUGCAUCUGAUGCACUUCUACGCGUUAGCAAAAGUGUUAUUAAACACCGUCUUAGUCUUAGUAGAUGGAUAUGGAUAUUACACACCCCCGCAACUCACUAA